AUGGAGGACGACGAAUCGUGUCGUAUCUGUCGCAGCGGGCCUGAACCUGGUGCCCCGCUCUACCACCCUUGCAAAUGUACAGGAUCUAUCCGCUACUGUCAUCAGGAUUGCCUCGUAGAGUGGCUCCAACACUCUCGCAAAAAGUACUGCGAGCUAUGUAAUCAGCCGUUCAUUUUCCAGAAAAAGUAUCGCAGGGACAUGCCCUCCGAUGGCAAACUUCCACGCUACCUGUAUAUGCGCCGAUUCGUCCUACGCUCCAUCCACAUUGCGCGGCUCGCCGGUCGAGCAAUCCUUGUCGGUUUCACCUGGCUAGCACUCUUGCCGUACAUCAAUAUCAACGUCUGGCGCUUCUGGUUCUGGUGCAUCGACUAUGCGAUCUUGUACUGGUUCGUCGAUGUUGCCACUCGACUCGGCAUGACCGGACUCGUAGUUCCGUAUGCUACCGAAGCUGCACCACCAGCAAACUCAUCGUUACCUCAGAUCUUGAAUCGCACAUCCUCAACUUCGUCCAAAGACCUCGAUUCCUUGCCCAAGUUCUCCAUCUUGGACGCAUGGUCGCGCCUCGGCUCCCCCUUACCCACCGCAACUUUGGCGCAAACGCCCACCUCGAUCACCAGCGUCAAAGCUGCACUUCACUCACUUGUCCAAAAGCUUGCUCACGACGUCUUUCAAGGCCAGAUCCUCAGCUGCGUCAUUGUCGUGUUUUUCGUCGGCGUCUUCUUGCUUCGAGAGUGGAUCCUCCAGAACAUGCCACAGAACUUUGAUCCUCAGCCCAACUUGGAUCAGCUCGAACCGGCACAGCCGCUGCCCGAUGUUCCUGAACCGCAACCGCACACAGAAAGAGAGCCCGACUUGGAGCAGAGGCGCGAUCAGCUGGCCGAUUUGCCCGCCAGAAUUCCCACACCCGAGGACUACCAGGACGCUCCGUAUGAGGGCGCAAACGUCCACGAGGCGGAAAGAAGCGAUGAACUCGAUCUGGAUCCAGAGACACAGAGAGAACAGGCGAGGCUUGCACGCAUUCGACGUCUUGAGCAAGUGACGUCCGCUCAACAAGAGGAGAAUCUUGCAUCCCCGUUGAUAGUCGCUACGGAUACAGCUAGUGGUCUCAACAAUGCAAGCCUAGAAGCCGACAACGUAGCAGCUACCCAAGCCGGCAGCUCUGAGGUCCGCGUCGAGUCUCAGCAAUUAGAUUCACCAGCGGAUGUCUUCGAAUUCACCUCGACACAGAACCUACGAGAUGCUCUCGGUUGGUCCGAGACACCCCAUUUCACAUUUGAGCGCGCGCAAGCGGUCUCGCCAGACGAACGAUUGAGAGAGGCCGAUGUCCCAGCAGAGGCUCCUCUUGAAGCGCAGCAAUAUCCGUCUGAUGCCUCAAACACAGUACACCACGGCGCGUCCUCAUCAAGCUCCACCGAGCCAAGUGCGUCCAGCGAAUUGGCAGCUCGAGAUACAGCCGAUGCACCCGUAGCUACAGAAGAAGCUCAAUCCUCACCUCGACCAUCCACAGAGGCUGACGUACAAGUGGACACGAACAUAGCUCCGCUCGACGACGUGCCCGACGAACAGGACGACGACGAUGCGUGGCAAGAUGAAUCUGACGAUGACGAGCUCGCUGCACCUCUCCAACUCGAUGGAGCCGAUGAAGCAGCGCUCCGAGCCGCCGCCGCCGCAGCCUUUCCCCCUCCCAUCGCCCACCCCGUCGCUGCCGACGACGAAAUCGAAAUCAUGGCCAACGCCGCCGGCGCAGGCGCCGAACCCGACGAUCCGGAGGCAGAGAUCGGUCUUGCAGAAGAGAUGGAUGGUAUCCUCGAAGCGAUCGGCAUGCGAGGUCCGAUCUUUGGCAUCAUCCAGAACCUUUUUCUGAUGAUCUUCCUUUCGUUCUUCGUCAUGCAGGUGUUCGUCAUGGUGCCGUACGUCGUAGGUCGAUUGUUCGGCAGUGGUCCUGGGUUGAUCAGGGUAUUGGCAUUGCCGGUCAAGGCGUUAAGGUAUGUGACAGAUCCGGUGUUUGAUGGGUUAAUAGCGGUGGGUGCUAAAAGCUGGCCGAAGCUUAUCGGCGUAGUUGGUGCAUCGGGUGCGAGAAAAGGGUCGGGCGGGACUGUGGGACUGCAGUCGUCGCUCAGUGGGUGGAUUCCAAGCAGUCUGUCUAAUAUGUUCAGCCAGACAGCGGCAAAAGCUACCACGGGUGUUGGUGCACAAGGGGUCAGCUCUGCGACUAGUGCCAAAUCGAGCGCGGUUGCCAGCAUGCUCGCCAGCGUUUUGCCUGCCCGAGUCACGACCUCUUUGCAGUGGAAAGCCGUCAGCAAUGCAUUCGAAGUGGCGCUGGCCACUGGUUUCCCAGGCACCGUGGAACGCAUGACGGAUGCCAUCUGCGACGUCUUUACGCGAAUCGACUCUUACCGCCUGGUCACAACCACCACGGACCGCGCCGUGUGCGUUGCGUUCGGACAUGCCUACUGGCUGCUCAUCCUCAUCGUCCAUCAACGCUUGUCGAAACCUGAGCUGCAUCGCGCCGUCGGCGAGCAGUCGACGCUGAAAAUGUUGAUGGGCCAACACGUGCUGAUCAUCAAAGCGAUCAGCUUCAUCUUCAUCGAGCUGAUCGUCUUCCCACUCGGAUGCGGGCUGCUGUUCGAUAUCUGCACAAUGCCGUUCCUCGCGCAGGCGUCGAUCGCGUCGUGGCCGGACAAGGCUUGGGCAGCUCCGUUGUCGUUUGCGUUUACGCGCUGGAUGGGUGGCACGAUCUACAUGUUUGUCUUUGCGCAGUACGUCAGCGCUACGAGAAAGGUAUUGAGGCCCGGCGUGUUGUGCUGGAUUCGCGAUCCCAACGACCCAAGUUUCCAUCCGAUCCGCGAGAUCCUGGACAAGAAGAGUUGGACACAGUUGCGCAAGAUCGCAGCGUCGGCGGUGAUGUACGCUGCGAUCCUGGUGGCCAGCAUCGGGGUGAACACGUACUUUCUCAGGUAUGUGAUGGGUUGGACCGGGGUGUUACCGUUGAGGUGGAGGCCGUUUGAUCCGUGGACCGAGGUUCCGGUGGAUCUACUGCUGGUGCAUUUCGCGCUGCCAUGGGCGACGCAGCGGGUGAAUCCGGACAAGCUAGCGGAAAAGUGGCUCACGAGAUGGUGGAGAGGGGCGUCGCGGAUGCUCAGGCUGAGCUCUUACAUGCUCGGAGGUGAGUUCAAGGAGGAGAGAAGGCGGGUGAGGGGGAAUGCGCUUGUCAAUGCGUGGAAUGCGUGGAUGAAUCGGCGCGUGCGCGACGAGGAUUACGUUGACGACGGCUUGUUCUGCAGCGUUCCAGCGGACGACAAGGCAAUCACGUCUGGUCCGUUGAUCAUCCCUAUGAACGCCGACGGGUCACCUGCGACCGAGCGCAUGGCAGAAGCGUAUCUCAAGCAGCAGGCGGAUGCGCAGAAACACACCCCGAAACCGACGUAUACGCUGAUCUACCUGCCGUCCAACUAUCGCGUUCGCAUCACGACAAUCGUGACUCUGCUGUGGCUCAGCCACUGCGCACUGUUCAUGCUUGGACUCUCGAUCCCGCUCUUAAUCGGACGAGCAAUGAGCGGUGUGCUCACGGCAAGGGAGGUGCACGACCUGUACUCGUUCGGCAUUGGCAUCACGGUGCUGGUGGUGUCAGCUAAACUGUACAGAGGAGUGAGGAAGACGUGGAUGCGACGGACAACGCGCGCUCGGUACAUCCGAACAACGCCGCGGAUGUACGUUGCAAUCCGCGUGAUGGUCGAGAUGAAACGCAUGUUCAAGUCGAUGUUGCUGCUUGCCGGGAUGGCUGGUGUGGUGCCGUUGGUGAUUGGGCUAGUGGUGGAUCAGUACGUGCUGGUGCCGCUGCGGUACCGAUCGACCCAGGUGGCUGUUUUGCAUCUGGGGCACAUUUGGGCUUGUGGCGUUGUGCAGGCUCGACUGCUGCUGUUCACGACAAGGAUGUUGGGCGUACCCGGUCGAGGGUGGUAUGCGAGGUUUAUGGACGACGUGGAUGAGGUGGUGAGGGGAGGCGUAUAUCCAAGGCCGAAAGUAAGGCUUGCUUGGAAACGCGUGGUCGCGCCGGUUGGCAUGGGCGGAUUGGUGAUGCUGGCAAUACCGGUUGGCGUAGCGUACGGCCUGGCGACAAGUGGUUGGGUGCACGUCGAGACGAGGCAGCAGGAACAGCUCUUGCUUAGGAAGACGAUCGGCGCACUUCAGAGCGCGAUGCUCGUCACCGCGCUCAGGGCGGCGCUUAUCAAUAGCAUGGAUGGCUGGACCGAGCUGUUGAAGGACGAGGUGUUUUUGGAAAGCACCGAGUUGAUCAACUAUGAAGAGAUCGUCGCGAAUCGCAACGCGAGAGCCGUGCAUGAUGCGCAAGCGGAUGCGCCAAGAGCGACCACAGCCGACGUUCAAGACGCACAAGACGCACAAGAUGCAGAAAACGCAGACAACGCAGCAGCUGCAGAUGCAGAUGCAGAUGCAGAUGCAGCAGAUGCACACGCUGGCUAUGUGGCUCAAGGUACACUGCCUGAUGUGCUGUUCCGAUGA